GUCCCUCUGUCAGCCCGGGUAGUGAUUGUGUGUGUUUCGUAACCGGCCGUAGUGUCUCCUCUCUCCUUUCAUUCGGACAAAUGGCAGCGGUCAGGACUCUCAGGAAACUGUGCCAACACACCCAGCAUCAAGUUUGUAAACUGCACACGUCCGCCUCGAGGCAAGAGGCAGUGGUCAUCUCAGGAAAGAAACUAGCACGGCAGAUUCGGGAGGAGGCCCGGGGCGAUGUGGAGAAAUGGGUUCUAGCUGGCCACAGAAGACCCCAUCUGAGUGUGAUUCUCGUUGGAGAAAACCCAGCCAGUCACUCCUACGUCCUGAAUAAGACACGAGCUGCAGCUGAUAUUGGAAUCUCUAGUGAGACAAUUCUCAAGCACUCAGACAUCAGUGAGGAGGAGCUGUUGGACUUGAUCUUCAAACUCAACACAGACCCCCGUGUGGAUGGCCUGCUGGUACAGCUGCCUCUGCCAGAACACAUUGAUGAGCGCACAGUCUGUAAUGCAGUUUCCCCUACCAAGGACGUAGACGGCUUCCAUGUAGUCAAUGUAGGCCGCAUGUGCUUGGAUCAGUCCACCAUGCUGCCUGCCACUCCCUGGGGAGUCUGGGAAAUUAUCAAACGCACAGGCAUUCCUACUCUUGGGAAGAACGUUGUAGUGGCAGGACGCUCUAAGAAUGUGGGAAUGCCCAUUGCCAUGUUGCUGCAUACAGACGGCCGGCACGAGAGACCUGGAGGUGAUGCCACAGUCACCAUUUCUCACCGUUACACUCCAAAGGAGCAACUUUGCCAACACACUAAAAUAGCUGAUAUCAUCGUUGCUGCUGCAGGGAUUCCAAACCUCAUUACAGCGGACAUGAUCAAAGAAGGUGCAGCUGUAAUUGAUGUCGGAAUAAAUAGAGUGCAGGACCCCGUCACUGGGAAGAGCAGACUGGUUGGAGAUGUGGAUUUUGAAGGCGUGAGACAGAAGGCAGGCUAUAUCACCCCAGUGCCUGGAGGCGUGGGACCCAUGACUGUGGCGAUGCUCAUGAAGAACACCAUUAAAGCGGCUAAAAAUGUUCUGCUGUAUCCCCCAGAGAGGGUCCGCAUGGCGGCCGCAUCCUAAUGGGGCAGAGCAAAUCCCAGCGACACAUUCCACCCACCCCAAACACUACCCCCCUCCCCGCUUUUUUUAAAAAACUCGGAGCACCUGAUGAGCUCCCUUGCACAUGGACUGGAAAGAUGAUAGCUUUAAAGCUCUGACGUCUUUAACCUUCAAGUCCAGAAAUGUUAGACUGUUACAUUCACUAAUGCAGCUGCAUGUCUUAUGUAACAGGUUUAUCAGUAUUUAUCAUUUGCAAUGUAUUUGUUUGAGCUUUUGGGGUUUUAAAGAAUCUUGAAAGGUGGUUUUAUUUAUUGCUUCAGUGACAUCAUAUUUAAACAUGAAAGGAAGCAGGUUACAGUAUUUAACUCUAUGCUGGUUUAAGCAGUCAAAGCUGAGCAAUUUGAGGCCUGUCUGUUGUGUUACCUUCUAUUAGUUUAGCCUUAUGUACCAAGAGUGAUAAGGGCUAACAUCAUCAGGAAAAAGUAGCUAUGUUUAUCAAGAUACGAGCUUUAAAGAUUCACAAUUGCCUUUGUAAAAACUUUGAAAUAAAUAUUACAAGUAUGUUCUCACAUUGA